AUGGAAUCUGAAUCCGUGUUCAACCAGCUGCUCGAGUCCGAAAAGGAGAUGGAGCGCAACUUUCGAGAGCUGCAGCAUUUGCGAGAGCAGGUGGAGCAGGCGCGCGUGGACGCGGAGGAAGAUGCGCGGAAGAUGGAGGAGAUGAGAACGACCGAGGCGAGCAAGCAGCAGGCGCACGUUGAGGCUAUGGGCGAGCACAUGCAGGCCAAGGCCAUGUUUGAAAGCAUGCAAGAGACGGUCAAGCAGAGCAGGAAGGCGCUCGAGACGGCGCGCGAGCGAAAGGGUCAAGCAGAGCAAUUUGUCAAGCAAGAAAGGUAA